AUGUGGAAGAAUCCGAGUUCGAAUGCUAGCUUAAACCAAUUGCGAAGUCUUUGUUUAUCUCAAGUCGAAUUCAUACCCGGUCCUGACAGCCUCAGUAAUGAACUAGGCCAACAUUUAUCAUCCAGUGCUAAAGUCUCUCUACGAUCAGCAAAUGUCAGCAAGUACAUGAUCCCAAUGGAGAUUGCGUGUGACGUGGUUAGCUUGUGUAGCAACACUCUGGUUAAGUUGAAAAUGGAUUUUGCUGGGGUGGUUGGCUUUUCGCCUGGGAUGGUGGCUGCUAUUGGCAAAUCACACAAUCUGAAGGUUCUGAUCGUGCAGGGGAGCAACUCAAGGAGCGCAAUCAAUGACUGCAAUUUGUUACGUCAAGUCCUGUGUGCAACAGCUAACUUGGAAUCUCUCUCUAUCCGAUCCGCCUGUCUUGAUAAUCUCACGCUGCUAACUGGUUCAUUACCGAAGUUGCGUCAUUUAUGCUUGGAUUAUAACUCUUAUCAAGACAACCUCUUUUGGAUGCAUUGGCGUAUGUUUGAUGAGGUAGAGAUUGUGAUCACGACCUAUGGAGGUGGUAGUGAUUAUUGGCGCAAAGCUUUAAAACAACUAAGGAUUCGUAAAGUCAAGAAGCCUCGAAAUUUCAAAUACAUUAUCUUCACAACUUGGCAUGGUUCAAGACAGAAGGAUGACGGGUUAGUGAAAUUAUGCUCUCUUCAAGGGAUCAAGUGUUUUUUCACGCAGCAAUUGUUGCUGGAGAAACUUUUGGCUGCCGGUGAUUGGUUUGGAGAUGAACCUGGUUUCUGA